GCCUGUAGAUAAACGUCAGACAUAAAAUAAACAGAACUUCUUUUUUGGAGCUUUGUGCAGUUCUGCUAAAAAAUUGUUUGAAAACAACGCCUAGUUUAUUGUACAUUUACAUAAAAAUAAAACAAACUCGCGAAAUUCCAGUGUGAAACAGAUUUUACGUUAUAUUCUCUAAGAAUAAAAUGAGUCCAUCAGCGGAGCUGGACGGCAUGUGCCGGCUUUGCCUGAAAAAUGCCGACCCCCUGGAGGACAUUUUCGAAAACAAUGAAGAAAGUUCCCUGGUUCUGCGGAUUAUGGCUUGCGUUUCUCUGGAGGUGCACAAAAUGGACAAUUUGCCGAAAAAAAUAUGCGCACCAUGUCGGUACCAGUUGGAAAAAACGUACAUUUUUAGGAGUAAAUGCAGGGAGAAUGACUCCAAGUUGAGGCGCCACGUAAAACUGCGGUUGGCCGGAAAAGCCAGUAAGGUUUUCGAAGACUUGGAUGACGGUGAUGAGGAAUUUUCUUCGAGCUUACAGUUCAUAAAUUCAUUUGACCAGGCUAAUGAGAGGAAACGAAAGGAAGAAUUGGAUUUGACUAUUAAAGCCCACGAUGAAAAGCUUCAAUUAGAGUGGGAAGGUCAAAGAAAAUCAAUUUGUAUUGAAGCUAUUCGACAAUAUGAAUUGCAAAGGCGUCGUAAUAUGGUGGACACUGAAGUAGAAACCUGUAGUUUAAGCACGACGAAUGAAAUUUUAUCCAUUGUACGAGAUGAUGAGAUUGAUAACGAACUCAUCCAGGUGGAAUCGACUAAAGCGGAAAAUGAAUAUUCAGAUAAUGAUUCUGAGGAAAGCAGUCAAAACCAAGUUUUGGAAGAUAUUGAAUAUGAAACGAUUGAAGAAGAUCUAAACGAACAACUAAAUGAAACAAUGUCUGACUCGAAUACUAACUUGAAACAAAAUAUUGAAGCUAGGCAUGAACAAGAAAUGAUUAGUUAUUUAGAUCAAGAAGUUUUGAUGGAAGUGGAUGAACUUGACGAUAAUGUGAGUACUGUGACUAUUCUGAACGAGAACAAUCAGUCAAACUAUACCAGAAGAGAAUCGAUGUUAAUUCAUCCAAGUCCUUCUGAGCCAGAUGGUUACGUUAUCACCGAAAUGGAUCCGGAUUACGUCCUAGAUGAAGAGUUGAGCCAAGAGGAACGUAAACUCUACGAUGUAACGGAUGAUUCCGACGAAGACAUUGAGGCUGUAACCAAUGCAGUGAAGGCAGAACUAGCAGAACAACCAGGAUUCAAUGUCGGAGAAAAUUGUAUCAUGAAGGUGGAAAAAGAUCGCGAUCUAACCAAGGUGGAAGUUCGCGCAGAAGAUGGGUCAAUCAUCUGUAUGGAAUUCAGUACGGAACCAAUGAAGAAGCCGUCGGAGUCGUUGGCUACCUUGCGGGCCAAAGUUGCCGGCGCAUUCAAAUGUCCGCACUGCAUCGCACUUUGCAAAACUCCAAAACUGCUGCAGGAGCAUGUUCAUACAACGCACCCCGAGCAUAACAAAGGACACGUUUGCGAUGUUUGUGCUAAGUGGUGUCCCACAAAAAGUGGACUCGAGCGACAUUACAGGAUUCACACCGGAGAAAAGCCAUUUGUUUGCGGAGAAUGUGGUAGGGGCUUCGUUCAAAAAGAAAUCCUCAAAAGACACAUGCUGGUCCAUACCAAUGAAAAACCAUUCGUCUGUAAGCUUUGUCCGAACCGCUAUAACCAGAAAGACCAACUGAAGCACCACGUGAACGUUGCUCACACGGAGAAUCCAACGAUCACUAUCCACAAGUGCAGUUUGUGCCAGAAGGAAUUCAAAUAUGCUUCCGGGCUGAGUAGACAUCUGUCCACGCACUACGGUCGUACUUAUGCUUGCGAAUGCGGGAAGGAAUUUACCGAUAAAAGCGCAAUGAAGCGACACCAGAGGGACGUCCAUGGCGAAGGUAAAAAGGACAAGCAACCGGCAACAGUCUCUGUAGUUUAAUGUUUAUUCUUGGAUUGUAUUAAAAUUUUAGUAUUGUAACUCGGAAGAAAAUAUACAAACAUCUGCGUUUUAGUAGUGUAGGUCA